CCGGGGAGCAGGAUGGGGGAUUUCGCAGCCCCCGCUGCUGCCGCAAAUGGCAGUAGUAUUUGCAUCAACAGUAGCCUGAACAGCAGCCUCGGCGGGGCUGGGAUCGGUGUGAAUAAUACUCCCAAUAGUACUCCCGCUGCUCCGAGUAGCAAUCACCCCGCUGCCGGUGGCUGCGGCGGCGGCUCCGGGGGCCCCGGCGGCGGAUCGGCGGCGGUCCCCAAGCACAGCACGGUGGUCGAGCGGCUCCGCCAGCGCAUCGAGGGCUGCCGGCGGCACCACGUCAACUGCGAGAACAGGUACCAGCAGGCUCAGGUGGAGCAGCUGGAGCUGGAGCGGCGGGACACCGUGAGCCUUUACCAGCGUACUCUGGAACAGAGAGCCAAGAAAUCGGGCGCCGGCACCGGCAAGCAGCAGCACCCGAACAAACCCCAGCAAGAUGCGGAGGCUGCCUCGGCGGAGCAGAGGAACCACACGCUGAUCAUGCUCCAAGAGACCGUGAAGAGGAAGUUGGAAGGAGCGCGAUCACCACUUAAUGGAGACCAGCAGAAUGGUGCUUGCGAUGGGAACUUUUCUCCAACUAGCAAGCGAAUUCGAAAGGACAUUUCCGCAGGGAUGGAAGCCAUCAACAAUUUGCCCAACAGCAUGCCACUGCCUUCAGCUUCCCCUCUUCACCAACUUGACCUGAAGCCUUCUUUGUCCUUGCAGAAUAGUGGAACACAUGCUCCUGGGCUUCUAGAAGAUCUGAGUAAGAACGGUAGGCUCCCUGAGAUCAAACUUCCUGUCAACGGUUGCAGUGACCUGGAGGACAGCUUCACCAUCUUGCAGAGCAAAGACCUGAAGCAGGAACCUCUGGAUGACCCUACUUGCAUCGACACAUCAGAAACAUCUCUUUCAAAUCAGAACAAGCUGUUCUCAGACAUUAAUCUGAAUGAUCAGGAGUGGCAGGAAUUAAUAGAUGAAUUGGCCAACACGGUUCCAGAAGAUGACAUACAGGAUCUGUUCAAUGAGGACUUUGAGGAGAAGAAGGACCCAGAAUUCUCGCAGCCAGCCACUGAGACCCCGCUCUCCCAGGAGAGCGCGAGCGUGAAGAGCGACCCCUCUCACUCUCCCUUCACGCAUGUCUCCCUGGGCUCGCCCCAGGCCAGGCCUUCUUCUUCGGGUCCUCCUUUUUCUGCUGUCUCCACGGCCACUAGUUUACCUUCUAUUGCCAGCACUCCGGCAGCGCCAAACCCUGCCAGCUCACCAGCAAACUGUGCUGUCCAGUCCCCUCAGACUCCAAACCAAGCCCACACGCCAGGCCAAGCUCCACCUAGGCCUGGAAAUGGUUAUCUCCUCAAUCCAGCAGCGGUGACUGUGGCCGGCUCAGGGGCAGGCCCGGUGGCUGUGCCGAGCUCUGACAUGUCCCCGGCAGAGCAGCUCAAACACAUGGCUGCACAGCAACAACAAAGGGCCAAACUCAUGCAACAGAAACAGCAGCAGCAGCAGCAGCAGCACUCAAAUCAGACGUCCAGCUGGUCUCCCUUAGGCCCUCCAUCAAGUCCAUAUGGAGCAGCCUUUACUGCAGAAAAACCAAAUAGCCCAAUGAUGUACCCCCAAGCCUUUAACAACCAAAACCCUAUAGUGCCUCCAAUGGCAAACAACCUGCAGAAGACGGCAAUGAAUAACUACCUCCCUCAGAAUCACAUGAACAUGAUCAAUCAGCAGCCAAAUAAUUUGGGUACAAACUCCUUAAACAAACAGCACAAUAUUCUUACUUAUGGCAACACUAAACCCCUGACCCAUUUCAAUGCAGACCUGAGUCAGAGAAUGACACCCCCCAUGGCAAACCCCAGCAAAACCCCCCUGAUGCCGUACAUCCAGCCGCAGCCUCAGCAGCCCCAGCAGCAGCCCCCGCCGCCACCGCAGCUGCAGGCUCCCAGGGCGCACCUGAGCGAGGACCAGAAACGCAUGCUUCUCAUGAAGCAGAAAGGCGUGAUGAAUCAGCCCAUGGCCUACGCUGCGCUGCCGUCCCACGGGCAGGAGCAGCACCCGGUUGGGCUUCCCCGAACCACAGGCCCCAUGCAGCCCUCUGUGCCACCAGGCUCAGGCGGCAUCGUCUCUGGAACCAGUCCCUCCGGUCCCAGCUUCCUGGGCAGCCAGCCCCAGGCAGCCAUCAUGAAACAGAUGCUCAUUGAUCAGCGGGCCCAGCUGAUGGAGCAGCAGAAGCAACAGUUCCUGCGGGAGCAAAGGCAGCAGCAACAGCAGCAGCAGCAGCAGCAGCAGAUUCUGGCUGAGCAGCAGCUGCAGCAAUCACAUUUACCCCGGCAGCACCUCCAGCAGCAGCGGAAUCCUUACCCAGUGCAGCAGGUCAAUCAGUUUCAAGGCUCUCCCCAGGAUAUAGCAGCUGUGAGAAGCCAAGCAGCCCUCCAGAGCAUGCGAACAUCACGGUUGAUGGCACAGAACACAAGCAUGAUGGGAAUGGGACCCUCUCAGAACCCAGGGACAAUGGCCACAGCAGCAGCCCAGUCAGAGAUGGGACUGGCUCCUUAUAGCAACACACCUACCAGCCAGCCAGGAAUGUACAGUAUGAGCACAGGAAUGACCCAAAUGUUGCAGCACCCAAACCAAAGUGGCAUGAGCAUCACACACAACCAAGCCCAGGGACCAAGGCAGCCUGCCUCUGGGCAAGGGGUUGGGAUGGUGAGUGGUUUUGGUCAGAGCAUGCUGGUGAACUCAGCCAUCACCCAGCAGCACCAGCAGAUGAAAGGGCCAGUUGGCCAGGCCUUGCCUAGGCCCCAAGCCCCUCCCAGGCUUCAGAACAUUAUGGGAACAGUCCAGCAAGGGGCACAAAGCUGGCAACAGAGGAGCUUACAGGGGAUGCCUGGGAGGACUAGUGGAGAAUUAGGACCAUUCAACAACGGCGCCAGCUACCCACUGCAAGCUGGCCAGCCGAGACUGACCAAGCAGCACUUCCCACAGGGACUGAGCCAGUCGGUCGUGGACGCUAACACAGGCACAGUGAGAACGCUCAACCCAGCUGCCAUGGGUCGGCAGAUGAUGCCAGCCCUCCCGGGGCAGCAAGGCACCAGCCAGGUGAGGCCAAUGGUCCUGUCUGGCCUGAGCCAGGGUGUCCCUGGCAUGCCAGCAUUCAGCCAGCCCCCAGCACAGCCACAGAUGCCCAGUGGCAGCUUUGCUCCCAGCAACCAGAGCCAGGGCUAUGAGCGGAACACGCCUCAGGACAUGUCAUACAAUUACAGUGGUGAGGGAGCUGGGGCUUCCUUCCCUGGCCUCCCAGACAGUGCAGACCUUGUGGACUCCAUCAUCAAAGGCGGGCCGGGGGAUGAGUGGAUGCAGGAGCUUGAUGAAUUGUUUGGUAACCCCUAGUCAAGAGGGCCCCCAGGAGCCACA